AUGACACUGCUGCAGCUUCCAGAAGUGGAGAAUUACUGGUCCAAAUUUCCCCCAGGUGCAUAUACCCAUGAAGAGGCCAUCAGAUGGGAGGAGCCGCCCCGCACUCGCUACCGGGAGGAGCCGCCGGAGCUUCCCCACGCCCGCUACUGGGAGAAGCUGCUGGAGCCGCCCCGUGCCUGCUACCGGGAGGAGCCGCCAGAGCUUCCCCGCGCCCACUACCGGGAGAAGCCGCUGGAGCCGCCCCACACCCGCUACUGGGAGGAGCUGCCGGAGCUUCCCCAUGCCUGCUGUUACCCCGAGGAACCCCCGGAGCCAGCCUGGCCGGAUUUCCCAGAGGAGCUGCCGGACCUACCACCCAGCCCCGGCCGCGAGGAGCCCAUGCUGUCGGACUUCCCGGGAGUGGACACCAUGGACCAGCUGCACAUUUUUCAAGCCUCCCUACUCCAUCCCGAAGGCUAGCUCAGAUAAGGCGGAGGAAGAAGAGGACGCGAGAUGAAAUGUUCUCGGAAAUCAUGGAAGUAACCCACAAUGAAAGAGCUCAUCUGAAUCAGUGGAAGGACGUGGUAUCAAAUUACAGGAAAGAUGCCAGUGAACAUGAGGACAGGAGAGACGCUCGAGAUGAGAGAUGGCGCCAGGAAGAUCAGAGGUGUAGGCAGGAAGAUCAGCAGUGGCUGAAUGAAAUGCUGGGGCUGCUGCAUGAUCAAACUGACAUCCUCCGACGUCUGGUGGAGCUUCAGGAAGAGCAGCGAGGUCACAGAGUGCCGCUGCAGCCCCUGUGUCACCACCCUCAGUACUCACCAUACUCCAUAUCUUCCUCACCCAGAUGUGUAAGAACGCGUGGGGGAAGGCUGUGUGCACCCACCCACUCCACCCCCGUGGACAGCCCAACCAAAAGGCUGUCAUUACAUUGAAAUGAUUUUAGUGGCCUUUUCCUUCCCUCCUAUCCUCCUC